UUUCCUCUGGUGAAGGAGCGCAGCAGGAGGUGGCGGUAGUUUAGUUUGGUGAAGUUAAACUGGUCGGCUGUCCUGUCAGCUCGGUGGAAACCACACGGUGAGCUCCGGAGGACCUGCUGAACUGUGGAGACAUGGAGGAGACCGGCGGCGCGACCGCGUACGGCGCUUCGCUCGCAGGAGGAGGCUUCGACUUCUACAAGUUUAUCCGACAACCUCAAACCAUAGUGCGGAUACUGAGCUGGAUAUUUGCCCUGGUGGUGUUUGCCUCCAUCACGACGGAGGGAUACAUCAACUCCGCCCACAGUGACCAGGCACGGUGCAUGUUCAACCAGAACGAGUCGGCGUGUCACUACGCCAUCGGCAUCGGGGUGAUCGCCUUCCUGGCCUGCGUGGGCUUCCUGGUGCUGGACGUUUACGUGCCUUUCAUGAGCAACGCGCAGGAAAGGAAGUAUGCUGUGAUGGCAGACCUGAUAUUCUCAGGGGCGUGGAGCUUCCUGUGGUUUGUGUGUUUCUGCCUGUUGGCCAGUCAGUGGGCUAAAACUCAUGAGGUCAGAGGAGUCCCUGAGGACGCUGCACGGGCCACCGUGGCCUUCUCGUUCUUCUCAAUCGCCACUUGGGGAAUCCUGACGUACUUUGCUUUGGGACGUUUCCGCCGCGGCGUUAACGAAGUCACCAUCCCGACCUACACGGAGCCGCCACCAGACCACAUCACCCCCUACCCUCCCACCUACGCCCCCACCUCCUACAACCCCACCACCUACACCCCCACCACCUACACCGCCUACCCCGGCAGCGAGGUGCACCAGCAGCCGCCCUACACCCCGAGCCCCCAGCCCCAAGCAGACGAGGGCUACCAGCCGCCCAGCUACUGAGACGAAGGGACGAGGCGGUGCUCCGGCUCAUCUCUUGGUACACUGGUUGUAGUUGCACUGCUCAGGAACAGAGCUAUAUCAUAUUGAUGUGGUUUUGCAUUUGAUUUCACGCUUUUCCAAGUAAGCCUGAGCAGUGCAACUGCGAGUUAAAGAUGAGGGACACUGCUGUUUACGUCACAGCGUCUGUGGUCAGAUCUCCAGACAUCAGGCUGACUGUGAUUGGCUAAUCUGACCUUAGACGUGUGCAAAGACGCAACUCUUUACCUCAAAAGGGCUGAUCUUGAAGUAGUCUAGACGGAAUUGUCCAAAAAGUGAAAGUGAGGAGCAUUUAUGGGUAAAAGUCAGGAACUGGCCUACUUUACUUAUUUCAAGGGUGCUG